AAAAAUUGGAAUUUGCACCAAAGCAGCAGCUGCAUUCCCACAGUUCGAUCUUCACCUUCACGAUGUUUUGCUUGGUCAGAAAAUGCACUAAGUCAUCUCCAAGAUCAAAGCAUUCAGCAAACAAUGGCAAGGCAGAGCCACCAGAAAAGUACACCUGAUUUUCAUGACAAAUACGAUAAUGCUGUAUUAGCUAGUGGAGCCACUUUCUGUAUUGCUAUAUGGACAUAUGUAGCAACACAAAUCAGAAUAGAAUGGAACCUGUGCCCUGUUGGCAGAGUCACCCCAAAGGAAUGGAGAGAUCAGUAAUCAUCCCAGCUGGUGUAAUAAUGAAUUGUUUAAAAAACAGCUCAUAAUUGAUGCCAAGUUAAAACACUGUGUACCCAUUA